CCCUUAAAAGCCUGCUCUGUUACAUUCCACAAAGUUUAUAAAGGAUCAACGUGUCGUGGUGUUCAACCCUAGUUAAACCCUGUACUAAUAGUUAAAUUCACCUUGACUGUCAUGCUGAUGAAUGCAAUAGGAUACUGGAUUUACUUUAUAAAGAUGCUUUGUGUAGGCUUUUUGUGGAGUAGACAUUGAGAAAUUAGUUUUAUUUAUUCAUUCAUUCAUUCAUUGAAUGAUUGAUUGAUUUGGAGUUAGUCACUUUAGCAUGUUCCAUUGAAUAGCUGAAAGUAGCUCUUCAAACUGAAGGCUGAGUUCACCUUGCCUGUGGCAUAAUAAACAUAUUGUGUAAGAGAACAGUGCGUGCCAAAGGCCAGUGGAUUGUGUGAGUUUGCCGAUACGCUAACUUUGACCUGCUGUGAAGGCCAGUCAAGUUCAUGCUGCCUCUCUCAGUUCCACCUGCAGUAACCUGAGGUACCAUGCUGUUCUUCCUGGGUGUGAGUGUCCUGACAGUGCUGUCCCAUGGCGUGGCGGGAGGGCAGACGUGCCAUCCUCAGUGUCGCUGUGAAGUGGAGAGCUUCGGUCUGUUUGACAGCUUCAGCCUGACCAAGGUGGACUGCAGUGGGGUGGGACCCGGCACCGCCCCCAUCCCCAUCCCACUGGACACCUCUUUCCUGGACUUGUCCUUUAAUGCUGUCGGUGCCAUUUCAGACGCCAUGCUAACUGGACCGGGCUACACCACCCUUGUGAGCCUGGAUCUCAGCAACAAUGCCAUUAGCAAAGUGGGUGCUAAGGCCUUCUCCAAGCUGCGCUACCUGGAGACCUUAGACCUGAGCCACAAUGCCCUGGAGGACCUCCCUGAGGGCUGUUUUACAGGACUUCCCUUAGCAGAGGUAGAUUUAAGCAAUAACAGAUUUCAUGAGUUCAGCCUUGAUGUUUUCACCACCAAGGGCCAAGAGAAGCCCUUGACCGUUGACCUGUCGAACAAUUUAAUAACAGCCAUCACUACAAAAGCACAGGGACCUUCUCUGUCCAUUAAAAGCCUGGUGCUGGCAGACAACAGACUGAGGGCCGUCCCUGAUCUCUCAGGCCUUCCUCUGCGCUAUCUGGUAUUGGAUGGGAACUGGAUCUCUGUCAUAAAGGAGGGGGCUUUUCAGACUUUCAGGGAUCUCUCGUAUCUUAGCCUCAGUGGCCUUCCAAAGCUCUCACUUAUCGAGCCUCUGAGCUUCCGAGGUUUAGAAAACCUGCAGGUUCUGGAUCUUUCCAAUAACAAGAAGCUGAAAUCACUGAGCCCAGAGGUCUUUAGCAGUCUGAACUCCUUACAGGAGCUCAAUUUGUCCAACUCUGGAAUGACACAUCUGCCUAGUACCAUUCUGAGCUAUUUGCCAAAUAUCAAAAGCAUAACUCUCAGCCCAAACACGCACUGUUGGAAGACAUUGAAACAGGGCCAGUUUCACAGGCAGAUUGGAGAAGCCAAAAAUGAUUAUGUAAUAUCCUGUGAUGAUAUCAGCUCUGUGCCUCUCAAUCCUGUUUUGUGAUGAUAUCAGCGCUGUGCCUUGCAAACCUUUUUUGAGAUAUCAGCAACUUACAACUUUUGACCGAAGACAACUAAUCCACCAGCUGCUUGGGCAGUGCCUUGGCUGAACUUCCUAACCCCUCCCAAACUUGACAAGGAAUAUCAUGGUAUGAUGAUACUCUUUACUCAUGGCAUGUAUUUUGCACACUUCACAUUUAAGUGACCAAGAAUACUGAUCUUUUUAAUUACUUUUCAUGUGGUCAAACAUGUUAUGACGAUACAUUAGAGGCUUAUUCGUUAUUCUAUCUUUUUUGACAGUAUUUCCUAACCACCUGCAUCUUGUGGAUUAUGCUGUUGAAAACAUUCCAUGUUGUGGAAGUAUGAGCACCAGUAUGUUCGGAUGUGUCUGUUCUUUAACCAACAUUUGAAUGCCAAAGGAACAUUCUAAAUGUAGUGGCUACCCAGUGGAGAUGCUUAGGGGAAAGAUGCCCAGGCCAACUGCUGGGAGGUGAGAAUGGAUGGAUGCUAGACUUGACAAGGUUGCUAGAUCAAUGUUGAAGAGUAUCAGAACAACAUGCUUUGAAUGCACACAGAUGCAGUAGUCUUGGUGUCAUGAUGCUCUGUGUAAACUGGACCCAUAUCAGGUCCUGCUCAUGGGCAGUGCCAGCUCUCUCAGAGGGAUGAUGCCAUGAAGAUGACCAUCAGAUGGCGUCACUCAUUCAUACCUUUACAUUGAAGAAAGAAGAGAACAGAAUGAUUCCAGUUAUUAGUGCUAAAUAUGACCACAGUAUUUAGGUGGACAUGAUUGUCUUUUCUCCAUCUCUUUUGUGAUUUUCUCUGCCUGACAGAGACUGAGGUAUUGUGUUGUGUUGCACAUUCUUUCAGAAUAUUUUCAUUUUUUUAUGAAAAAAUGAUAUAAGGGCUAUGGCUAUAGAGGUUCACAGUAUGCGUGUAGGUGUUUCUAUCAUGUCGACUGAUGUUCCUACAGUGUGUGUGUGUGUGUGUGUGUGUGUGUGUGUGUGUGUGUGUGUGUGUGUGUGUGUGUGUGUGUGUGUGUGUGUGUGAGAGAGAGAUCAUGUUUAAUACAACACGUUUCAGUGGAAUUGUCUGCUUGUAUGUACAGAAGUAUGUAUAUGAAGUAUUGGAGAAUUUAAACUUUUCACUGAUGGCUGAUCAUUCACAACCACUUGCAUUGACUGUGAAACAAUUUCCAUUGCCAUUAUAACUCUGUGCCUUUCAUUUGUACUACGCAGAUGAAUAGCAGGUAAUAACAGCAGCAUUUCCUAUGAUUUUUAAAGAUGUGAAAAACUAUUUUGAUUCUUAUGUAAAAAAAAAAAAGAAAGAAAGAAAACCAAUGAGACAAUCUGUUUUAUUCAUCCAAUGUACACCUUGUCAUUUAACUGUUUGUAGGCUGCCUUUGUUUAUAAAUAAAUAAAUAAACAACAUGUCUUCCCA